AUGAAACACAUUCUGGAGAGCGUUGUCAAAGUGUUUGAGCUUUGUGGCUCCUCCUCUUCGGUGCUCGAGGUGAAGUACCUUGAGGAAGUUGAGGCAUGUUUGGGACCAACUUCGCGGUUAUACGCGUUGGUUUCGGAGGAAUUUGAGGUUUCGAAGAUCUGGAGAGAUUCGGGUCAUGGGACUCCGGGAGCUGAGGCUAGCCCGUUCGUACAUCAUGAGAGUGGAUUGUACCCGGUACCAAUUGGGGCAGAGGAUAUGGGUGGUCUUCGUCGUAGGCAAUUCGUAGCCAAGGCACUGUUCGACUCGCGGAUUAUUGACUUGUCGUUCAAUAAAGUACGCCUCAAGCUUGUGCUGGGAGAAGAGGUUUCAUCGUAUACCUGGCUUGCGAAAAUCCUCGCAUUAAUCGAAGAAACUGUCACCGUCGAAGAUCCCGCGCUUGAUUUCACGCUUCUUGGAUACGACAUCGAGCUGAAGAAUCCUUGUAACGAUAACCGGUGUCCCAUCAUACGUCCAGUUUGUCCCCUCAAGGCUAUCCUCGGCUCUGAGAGCACUUUGCAAGCCAAGCCGUUCAGAGAAGGAAUUAGCAAAGUGUUCCCGAUUGGCGAUCGACAGGGGUCCACUGUGGAGGAGUUGAUGAUGUUGUUUGGGAAUGGGGAUGAAGAUUGCACUGUGGAGACUCUCAGCGAAGCGCUCGAAGCAGACCAUGGGUUCAACCCCGAAAGUCGUGCUAUCUGGAACCUGUUGGAGAUCAUGGCAGAGUACGACGCAAGUACGAGGCUUCCCGUCACCAGACGAAACAAUCAGAUAUCUGGAAGAUCCUUCCGUCGCGUCUUUCUUCAGUUAGUGCAAUGUGUACAUUAUGAAUUCGGCAACUGUAAUGUUAACGAUGAUGAGCGUGGUCCUCACAAAUGA